AUGCUUGUGGUGCCCCUUAUUUUGGCUCAUUUUUUGUUUUCGAAAUGCACAUCUGGUACAGAGAGCUCGAGCGCAGGUAACCACUUCCGACUUCAACUAAAAGCGUGGGUGGGAAGGUCUCCCUAUCCAAUCACGCCUACGCCUGCUCUCCCCAAGCCAAAGCACUCUGAACAAACUCUGAAGGUUCGAGUUCUUCAUCAGGAACGGCAUAGAGCAAACAUUGAAAAAAAUAAGUCGACUGAGGAGAUUCCAUUUAACGAGGAUACGGAUGAAAACAGCUUUGAGCUGGUCGAGCUGCAACCCCCAGUCGUAUCUGAACGUGUUGUGAUCGCAGAUGAAGUAGCAGCGGAACCGGGCCAGCGCGGGAUCCUCGCCGAGGUGCUGGACGACUCCGGCCGGAUCGGACCGAUGUUUGAAGUUCGUGACGAAAUCCGUUUUAUUCCAUCCCCGCCUCUGCCUCAACGUGACAUCACUCACGCACAUUUCGACACCGUUUUGCUCGAGAAGGAAAUCAUGAUCAAAGUGCCACUCCACACCAUCAAGCAGAUAGUGCAUCCGAAGCAAUCAGAAGCUCAUAAAUCUACGGAAUCCACCGUAUCCCCGGACACUGCUGCAGUGACAUCUGAAAAUACAUCGGAGGAGAUGUUGAUGGAGGAGUUACGAGAAAAACUCAUGAAUAGCAAGUAUUUGGAAGAAUCUUCUGGUGACACAUAUCGUGAUUAUGGAAGCAGUUUCAUUCUUCCCAUUCUAUCGAGCGUCAACUACGACAACAAUACCGUACCGACAGCUUUUUCAGAUAUUCCUGUUUUCGUUGCUGUACAGCUCAAUAUACUGUAUCUUGCCAACUUCGAUAGUGAGCUGAUGGAAUUUUCCAUAGAUGUCGAGAUGGAACUUAGUUGGUUCGAUCUCAGAUUAGCAAACAACUACACGAAGCCGAUAAGGAUACGUGAGAAGCAAAUCCUUGAUCUUAUAUGGAAACCUGAUCCAUACUUUGUGAAUUCAAAAUUCUCACAUUUCCAUGAAGUUUCCUUCCCAAAUUUUCGAAUGAGAGUGUUCCCGGAUGGACUCGUCAAAUACACGAUGAGGGUAACAUCGGUAUGCAACUGUUUCAUGCUUUUCUGCCUUUAUCCACACGAUCGCCAAAUGUGCGACUUGAGGAUCAGCUCGAUUGCUUACCCGUCCUCCUUCGUGCAUUUCGUUUGGCAUUCGGAAUCAGUUAUGUUCCAAUCGGAAAUUGCUCUUCCAGAGCUACACGUUCAACAAAUUCGAAUGGAACGCUGUCAUGUUGAAGGGAAACUUAUUCAUUCGUCGUGCAUUCGUCUAGUUUUCGAACUGGAACGUGAUGGUGGACGAUUUGUAGUGGAGAAGUACAUUCCAAGCACGUUAGCGAUGAUGUUCGCAUGGGUAGCGCCUUAUGUGCCCUAUAAUUACGAGGAUGUGCGAAUCAUUACACCUAUCACGGUUCUGUUGACGUUGGUACAAAUGGAAAAAGGCGAUAAGGAAAUUAGAACGUCCUAUUUGACCUCGAUGGACAUUUGGUUCGCUGCGAUGAAAGCGUUCACCGCGCUUUCCCUCGUGGAAAGUCUUAUCGUUUUGGCACUUAUUAAACGGAGCAGAGCGAUGGAAAGAAAUAUGCAACGAGCUCCGAAUGAACUGCAACGAGCAAAUUUCCAAAGUGAAAAAUAUCGUCUCACACGUCUCUAUCAUCGUCUCGACAGUAUCAGUCGACUUCUUUCACCUGUGAUUUUUAUUAUGUUUUUUAUGUACUAUGUUUUAUUCUUAGCACAAGGUGAUGAUCGUGGAUGUGUAGCAAAAUAA